AUGACGGACCUGACUACUUUGCCUCUCAGUAAACGUCACAUUCAACUGAGAGCCUGCCUGAGCCCAGAGGUACUACACACCCUUCACUAUCGCCUUCAGAUUCCUCAAGACGACUCAACACCGAUAGAAGACCUGCUGACCACGCUUGAUAGUUACUUCAAGGCUCAGACCAAUGAAGCCUUACGGCGACGAGAACUGUUCAGCUGCCGUCAGAGUGUUGGAGAGCAGUUUAAUGAGUUCUUUGUGAGAGUCAAGAAUCUAGUAGAGGCUGUGGAUGUGUGUAAAGGGGGCAACACGGACUGCGAAGAAAUGCAGAUGAAACAAGUGAUACUCAUGGGAGUGAUUGACCAGGAGUUAGUGCAGGAACUCAUUGGCAUCAUCCCUACACACUCACUUGAUAAAGUUGUGCAACACUGCUACGCAUUUGAGGCCGCCAGACGCACAGCCAACGCCAUCACUUCUCCUGCACAAGCCCUCUGUGCUGUGUCAAGGUACAAGAAGGACAAGAAGGCAAGGCAGCACGCCUCUGCACCGACUCAACCUCUCUCAGACGCAUGUGACAGCUGCGGACGCCCACAUGCUAAAGGAGAAUGCUCAGCAGCACUAGUUAUCUGUAGCAACUGUGGUAUAAAGGGCCAUCGAGUACGGAUGCCACGGUGCCCUGCCAUCAACGCUACAUGCAAAUGCUGUGGAAAACAAGGUCAUUUUGACAGGUGUUGUCGCUCAUCCAAACCUGCAGCAUCCUCCUCGGCCCUCGCCAAGUGUAACAAGUCACCAGGACCGUACCCGAGGAACAAGAACAAGUACCCCAGUUCAUGUCAAGGGACAGGUGUACUUACCUUGUUGCCGGACACGGGUGCUGACACAACCAUCAUUGGAGCAGACCACCUUAACGACAUUGGCCUGACACUUGCUGACCUCCACUCAUCUCCACAGAGGCCAACGUACAGCGCUGAUGGAUCACCCAUGCAGCCUGUCAUCGGUUCUGUACAGGUGAAGAUGACGGUCAAAGGACACAGCAUUGAGGAGUGGAUUCAUGUGUAUCCAGACAUACCUGUCCCUUUGCUGUCUUACAGGGCAUGCAGGGACCUAGCCCUCAUCCCUGAGCGGUUCCCUGCCCCUAUUGCACAGGUGACACACGCCGCUGUGAGAAAUGAAGACGACAUGUUAGUUGACGUCUCAGCUCAUGCAGCAGUCACCGUACGAGCGAUAUAUUCCCUCGCCUCAUCUGACGACUCGCAGCCAGCCACAUCAGACGUCCAACUCGAAGAACUCCAGCAGGCAGCACGCACCGAUGAGACCUACAUCAGGCUCCUGAACUGCGUACGCAAUGGGUUCCCCUGUCAUCGCUACGACCUACACUCCACUCUACUCGACUACUGGAAGAUCCGUGAUGAGCUGUACUGUGAUGGCGAUCUAGUCCUAUACGGUCCGCGCAUCGUAGUACCUGCAGCGUCCCGCAAGUCUGUGUUGCGACGCCUGCAUGAUAGCCAUCGCGGAGCUGAAGCCACCAAGCGCCGAGCUCAGCAAACAGUGUUUUGGCCCGGGAUCAAUUCAGACAUCACCAAUGUUGUCCGUGCCUGUGACGCCUGCCAGAUGCUCCUUCCCAGUCAACAGCGUGAAGUAUACAGGAAUGAUGACAAGCCGACGCGACCUUACGAGUCCAUCUCGGCUGACUAUUUUCAAGUCGCAGGGAAAUCUUUCCUUGUCAUAGUUGACCGACUGUCUGGCUGGCCUGAUGUCUACCCAUGUGGCAGCAACACUACUACUGCCGCCACGAUAGAUCACUUCAGCAAGUACUUCAGCGACCACGGUGCCCCAGUCCGCCUACGCACCGACGGAGGUCCACAGUUUGCUGCCAAGGCGUUCUCGGACUUCCUACUACGCUGGAAGGUCCAACACAUCCUCACUUCACCGCAUCAUCCCCAGUCCAAUGGUCAUGCAGAAGCCGCUGUUAAGUCGUUGAAGCACCUUAUCCUCAAGGUGGCGCCUUCAGGCAACAUCAGGACCGAAGUCUUCGACCGCGGACUGUUAGAGAUGAGGAACACCCUAACCACUCUGGACGUUCUCCGGCACAGAUUCUUUUGGCCACUCUCUUCGCACUUGUGUCCCUGCCCACCCGAAUUCCUUUCGGCCAGAAUGGCAGCCAAACGCUGA